AUGACUGAGUUCAGUGUAGUCGAGGGGAAGACCUUUUUAAUCACCGGUGGUGCUUCAGGGCUAGGCGCCGGUUACGUGGAAUUGUUCCUUCAAGAAGGCGCCAAGAGUGUGGCCAUUUUGGAUAUAUCUGAGCAAACUGGGAAACUAUUUACAGACAAAUUAAACAAGGCAUAUCCUGGCAAAGUGAUAUUUUUGAAAUGUGAUGUCAGCAAUGAAGAAUCUUUGACAGAGGCGUUUAACGUAGUGGUCGACAAGUUUGGAACUGUGGAUGUAGUCAUCAACAAUGCUGGGGUCAUGAAUGAUUCUCCGAACAUAUGGAGGAAAGCGAGUGAUGUGAACUAUCAAGGAAUGGUUUCCCUCACAUUGAAGGCUCUGAAACACAUGAGUAAAGAGGAAGGAGGCAAAGGAGGCACCAUUAUAAACGUGUCUUCUGCACUAGGUUUUACCAGAUUCCCAUUUCUACCCAUAUACUCUGGAUGUAAAGCUGGUAUCUUACACUUCAGCUACAGUAUUGCGAUGGACCCCUUCCAUGACCAAACCGGUGUAAGGAUAAUAAUUAUGUGCUAUGGAGGUACUGACACACCAUUACUUCACAAUAUGGACAAGCUGUCAUACAAUGAAAAGCGUGGAGAGGAGAUGAACAGCACGAUUGACCCUGAAACCAUUCAAAGACCUGAAUCAGCAAUAAAAGGACUUGUAGAAGCAUUCAAGCGAGGUUCUAAUGGGACCAUCUGGUUUUCAGCAGCCAACAGACCAGUUGAGGAUAUUACCCCAGUAAUUAGUAAAGCAUAUGAGAUGAUAGAAAAUGCUUGCCCUUGGAAAUAAUAGAUAUAAAAAUAAAUUUCUAAAGUGUAUACCUACUAACUUUUUUUACUUGGCUACAAUCUAAAAAUGUGAAAGCUAUAGAUCGUUUCAUCCACAAAGACGCACCCUACCAUUCUUCCGAUAAUGUUUGACUUUUGAGUGUUAUCGGUACACGCUAAAUCAUACAUGAGUGCACACGCACACUACAAUAAUGACGUUCGGAUUGCUCGGAUCAAACUAACCGCACCCCGCACUUCGUUCGAACAAAAUUGGUGGGGCGCGUCUUCGUGGAUGAAACGAUCUAUGUAUAGCUAGCUAGUUACCCCCCAAGAAUUGAUUUUGUAUGCUUUUCUUUUACUAAAUACAGAACAUUAGUUUUGUAGGUCUAAGGAUUUCAACUAUGGGUUCCAACUAAAUUUUCUAAUCCGAGAGUCUAGUUACAAAUAAAGGGGCGCUUAUUACAUUGCCACAUUCUGGCGUUUCCGUCCGCGGAUGAUGAUUCCCGGUGGAUAUAGCGAGCGCGUCUCGCGCAUGUUGUAAAUAUUACUCAGAUUUUCAUUCCAGUCAAUUUAUCAGAAGUUUUUGUUUCUGUGAGCAAACUUAACCACAUUAUCAUGUAAUACACAUUUAGCCCUGUAUUAUAAUCCCAGCUAAUAUUAUAAAUGCGAAAGUAACUCUGUCUGUCUGUCUGUCUGUUACGCUUUCCCGCUUAAACCUCGCAACCGAUUUUGAUGAAAUUUGGCAUAGAGAUAGUUUGAGUCCCGGGAAAGAACAUAGGAUAGUUUUUAUCCCGGUUUUUGAAACAGGGACGCGCGCGAUAAAGUUUUUCUGUGACAGACAAAAUUCCACGCGGGCGAAGCCGCGGGCGGAAAGCUAGUAAUUAAUAAAUAUAGAAAAUGAAACAAUGAUCACUCUCAGUGACUACUUUGCUAUGGCAUAAAAAUUCCUAGUCAAUAAUAUGUCAGCCCACAUACCUUACACAUCUUUUUGCUAAAUGCCAUAUAAUAAAUACUUUUAAGGUUUAGAUAAGCAUAUCUAUAAAAAAAAAACAAGACGACAGAUAAGCAACGCUGGGGAUUAAAAUUUUUCAUACAAUGCAUUAGUUAUUAAUAAUUAGAUGUUAUUGCCAAUACCUAUAACAAUUUGGUCUAGGGGUAUUUUCUGCAUGUACAAAAAAAUCAGUAUAAUAAAAAUGAAGGAAAUAUAUGUUACUGGUUUGGUGAAUUGA